CGCCGGCCUGCGGUGAUGUCAUGAAGCUACAGAUCAAGGACGAGGAGGUGGACGAGAACGGGGUGAUCACCGAGUCGAAGUUUAAGACGUUCGGGUGCGGGUCGGCGAUCGCGUCGAGCAGCGUAGCGACGGAGUGGCUCAAGGGGCGCUCCGUGGACGAAAGCUUGAAGAUCAAGAACACCGACAUCGCGGGGCACCUCAAGUUGCCGCCGGUGAAGCUGCACUGCAGGCAAGGGGAACAUUUUUUUUGUGUCUGUUCUGCAUGUCUGUUGUCCUUGUGGGCGCACAUGCUCGCAGAGGACGCGAUCAAGGCGGCAAUCAAGGACCUCCAGGACAAGGGCGCCGUCGCCAAGCCGGCACAACACGCCGAGGCGGCAUGAUCAGAUUGGGUCAGGGUUGACGUUGCCGUCAACACGCCGUCCAGGA